GGGGCGAAGACUUUCCCUCGCCCAAUUUUGUCUCUCUCUCUCUCUCUCUCUCUCCCUCUUUCAUCUGAUACCCUUCACUCCGACUGUUUGCAAAGAGGAGCGGAAAGGCGGCAAGAGGACCCGGGCUGCCUCCUUCCCCUUUUUCGGAAAGGUUUAAAGACCGGCGAGGGGGGACUAAGCGCUCGACGCGGCCGGUUUUCCUGCUCGCCUGCCUCGCGGUGUGCGGGGGGGGGGGGGGAAGGAGGGAAGCCUUGCAAGGAGGGGCGCUGCGCUGGAGUAGGAGGAAGAGAUGUCUAAAGCCCGAGGCAGAGCUGUGCUUAUUCUGAGCCUCCUGUUUCUGACAACUUCCCUUGCUGCUGUCCGAGGGCUGCCCUUGAAGAAACAGCGCAGUCCCCCAUCCGAAAGAAACGGACUAUACCUUGGUGGAGAUUGCCACAUCACCUGAUGUCCCUUCAUUCAAAGAAGAAAUGCCACAGGCACAUAGGAUGCAGAACUUGAGGCUGAAUGGACAGGUGAUGCCAGAUCAACACAAACAUCAUUGGCCAUUACAACAGGCUUCAAGGAACCAGCUGGCAUCACUCCAACCUGCGGAAAUACUCCCAGAAGAGAAAACACCUUUUGUGCUAGACUUACAAAGCCUGACAAGCUUAGCCAAUGUGGAUCUGAAUGCCCAGAAUCCAAACAUUCAGGUGACCAUUGAGGUGGUGAAUGAUCCUCAAGCAGAGAUGGAGAUGGACUUGCUGAAGGAGACUAGCAAUGACUGGUCCCUGUCUUCCUCUGACUGGUUAUCCCAUAAGGACCUCUUUUGGCCUCUUUUCUGGGAAUACGCAGAUCCCAUAGAGGAUGGUGAUGACAAUUUGAACACAAAGAGCAGGGAUGAAGAAGAGGAGGAAGAGGAAGAUUAUACAUCGGAGUAUGAUGAAGAAGAAAUAGUACUGAGUGGAGUGGGGGGAAAUUGGCAUCAGAGGUGGCCUAAUCGAAAGAAUUGGAUCUUAAAAGAGAAAUACAACUAUGAUUAUGAAGAUGAAGAGGACUGGAGUCCUUGGUCUUCCUGCAGUGUAACCUGUAGCAAUGGCCAUCAGAAGAGAACCCGGUCUUGUGGUUAUGCAUGCACAGCCACAGAAUCAAGAACUUGUGAGCUGCAGUACUGUCCCGGAGAAGUUGGGGAAUUGGCUUCUACCACUGAAGAGACACCUUCUGAAGCUGAAAAUGCCACGGAGAUUCUAAAUGCAGAUGUGGAUAGUUGUGAGAAAUGGCUUAAUUGCAAGAGCGAUUUCCUCAACAAAUACCUAAGCAAAGUGCUUUCAGACCUACCCAACUGUCCCUGCUCUUACCCUUUAGAAGCUGUUUAUAAUGCUGUAAACUUGCAAGAUGAGCAGAAGGGCAAGAACUUUCGAUGGCAGGAUGCCAGCGGGCCAAAGGAGCGAUUGGACAUCUACAAACCCACAGCCCGUUUCUGCUUGCGUUCCAUGCUGUCCCUGGACAGCACCACUCUAGGUGCCCAACACUGUUGCUAUGAUGAGAACACCAAGCUCAUUACCCGAGGCAAGGGAGCAGGAGCGCCCAACCUCAUAAGCACAGAGUUCUCUCCUGAGUUACACUACAAGGUGGACAUGCUGCCUUGGAUCCUCUGCAAAGGGGACUGGAGUCGAUACCAUGCUGUGCGGCCUCCCAAUAAUGGGCAGCAGUGUGCUGUCAACCCUCCAGAGGAUGAAUACCUUUCUCAACUGCAGGAGGCCAGAGAAUAUUAAUAAAGCAACCAAAAGGAGGCUGAGGAGAUCAGGACACCUUUCUGUCUCCCCGGCUCAACAACAUAACAUGUAUUGUUUCUUCAACCUCGCCCCAAUAUUUAUGUCAAAGGUCUCUGCAACUUCAGAAUUAUAUGUUAUUUUUUUAUCACCUUAGUAACAAGGUAAGUUUAUAUGGCAGCUUAAGCAAUCUCCUCAGAGGUUCCAGCCCUGACUUCUCUAUAACAAUCUCUGCUUUCUUUUCUGUCUUUUCUCAACACUCAGAAGUUAUCCCAAGUUGAUUGACUUUCAGGGGUGAUUUUAGAAGCCUAGCAAUUUGUCUGGAGGGAUUUGGGACAAAGGAAGAGCCCAAGGUUUUAAGAGGAUAUCUUGAUUCAUUUGCUAUUAUGUUUGCCAUGUCUUACAGUGCAGGUUGUGAAUUCCUUUUGCAUAAAUCUGAUGGGUACUCAUGGUGAAUGAAAGUCCAGAAAUAGAUUAAUAUACCUGAAUUAUGAAUUUAGGUAAAAGGAAACUAGUCAGAGUCUUUAGAGAGAAGAGUCUGGAUGUACUCUUAUGUAAUUUUGGCACAGUCCUAAGAAAGAAAACAGAAUAUACCAUCUUGGUAUGUUACAUUCCAUACAUUUAAGGGAAAACUGGAAGAUGGGGUGGAGAUGUUAGAAGGUUAGGAAUGCAAGUUCCAGGAUGGAUGUGAAACAUGCUAAGUGGAGAUGAGGCUAACCUGCAUCCAAGGUUGAUGGAACAAACCGAAUCCAGUUUCUAUAGAGCUGAAUAGAUAACAUUUUGGAUUGUGUAAUCCUCACCCUCCCCAACCCUCCUCCAAAUUAUGCUACAGGUAUAUAUGAAAGAAUCCAGCUGCCUUGAGAAAGUACAUAUAACAUUAGUCCAGCUUUCCCUACCAAAUGUACAUCUCUCCAUAUUUUCUAUCUGUUGGGACAAAAACUGGGAAUGUAUUCUUAACUUUUCUACAAGACAUUAGAUUAGGAAAACCUUUCCUACACCAUAUCCUUGAACACCUCUCAGGGUGAUGGAAGGGAAGACUGUACUUCAAGACCAACAUGUUCCUGCUGGCACAGCUUUGUGGUUGUGCUGGGCAGAUGGUCCUUGGCAAAAUCUGUAUCUAUGCUUACGCAUUUUGUACUGAAUCCUGUCAGCUACUAAUCCAGUCAAAUCUCUUUACUGCUGCUGCUAACAGCAUAUGAUAACACUACCUCAGCAGAAGUCACCAUUCUGCAUACAGAGUCCUGACCCAAUUUCUCCUGAAAGUGCCUGAUAUCCCAUAAGCCAUUGUACCAAGAGAGGUUUCUGGUCUCUCAUACAGCUACAACUGAAAGGGCCACACAGUCAUAAAACCCAGCAACCGGAUAGGAAAGAACUAAAGUAUGUUGGUAAUCCAACUGAAGCUCAUCUGAUCACCAGCUUCCAAAAACCUCCUCCAUGUCUCCUGGAAGGCCUGCCUGCAGAGACUUGGGCUGCAGUGAUAGGGAAAACACUACUUUCAUGCCAGAAUACUUUAAACUGGCUUCAGUUGCCUCAGCAACUGAAAUUAUGUUAACAAAUCAUUUUCAUGACUGCAAGUAGGGCAUACUGCUGAGGUCUUCCUGACAUCAACAACUUUUUCCCCAAUUUAAGACAGAUAGAAAUGAGGUAUAAAGGAAAGGGAGAGGAAAAAAAAGCAAAGGAAAAGUGAUAAUACCCCAAGCUGCAUUUGUUCCAAAAUAAUCACUAUCAGUUCUGGCUCCUGUUCCUGCUGCCACCCUUUGUGCUGGCAGUGCUUCUCUCUACCACACUUGCCCAACAUUGUGAUGUUUCUACAAUCUGUGCAGAAAAUAAGCUGCCAGAGAAAAGGCAUCUCCAAAAUCUACCAGGUCAGUCCAACCAAAAUGGCCUAUGAGAAGAAAAAUAUGCUUGUGGAAAGAAGGAAGCCAGCCUUUUGGGGGGAGGGGAAAAUGAAACAGAAAAAGACCUAGAUUCCCUAGCUGCAAUAAAGCCCCCAAGAGUAUUAAAACAAUCCAGAAAGUGAGAGAAACACAUGCAAGUAACUCAAGGCACAUUCCUGUCAUGAACACACAGCUGUGUUUGUCUGACUCAUGACCUAUCCCCAUCAUCUAAGCCAGAUGGGAUAUCAGAACAUACGAACUGCACUGUUGGGCACAUUGCUUAUUUGUACUGGGGAAUAAGCAUGUAUCUUUUAGGGUAAGAAUCUCUGCUGGGCUUUUCUUCUUAUUUGGAAUAAUUGUUGGUUGUAAAUACUAAAAAGUGGAGUGACUAUAAGCAGGCCUGACCUGUUUUAUGUAUGUCUUUAGUCUUUGCAGACAACCAAUCCUAAGGAGACAUGUUCAGUGACAACUGAAUUUGAUAAUAAGUUUUAUAAUGGAGAACCUGGAGCCAUUCUAUAGCUCAACUCAAUUUCAUGCAGGAUUAAGUAGGGAGGUCUCUAUAGCUAUCCCAUUUUAAAUUAGGUUGGGAUGCUUGCAUAACAGGGCUAAGCAAGGAAAGGCACCUUAAUUUAACGGGGGUAUUUUGGAUUACAACUGUCCUCCCAUACUGUAAUAGCUUUUGGUGUUUAUACUUCAUAGUGACUCUUCUCCUGCUCCAGUUAAGAUUGUUUUCAAUGACAGUUUCUAGUUUAGGGCUCCUUUUUUGGUAGAAAUGGGUGAGAUAAUAUUAAUUACAUACAGUAUCUGUUGGUUUCUGAGAUUGUGAAGAGAAAAACAUUUCUGAAUGAUACUCUGUUUUGUUUUUUUUUAAUUUCAGUGGAUUUUGUCUUCUUUUGAGGCAAUGCAGUUAUUUUCACACAGGCAAGAUGAGGAAAGUUAACGUUUGGAAUAUUUGAUAACCAUUAAGAUGUCGCUGGAAGUUUAACAUCUAAGUUAUUCAUAUUUUGAACCUUUCUUUAGUUAAAAGAAACCAAAUAUUUCGUAUAAAUAAAUUAUAAAAAACACCUAUAUUAAUUGUUUGACAUAAUUUAUUAUGCAAAUAUAUCAGACAACAAAGCCCUCUUUAUUAUGACUUUUUCUCUCCUAAAUUAUGAUUUUUACUAUAUAUUUGCUAGCAAUGCUUUUUUAAAAAAACAAUUUAAUAUUUCAGAUUUAGUACCAAUUAGCAAGUUUCAUCCACUCCCAGAACAUCACCCUUGCACAGUAGAUGUUCACAUUAUAUGCAUGCACCCUAAUUUUCUCUCUGCAGUAUCUAUUGUGCCAGCUUCUUGGAUUGCUGCUGUUUUUCUCCCCUGAGGUCACUGCUUGUUAAAUGUUGCUUUAUUGUUGCACUGUUGCCCUCACUGUUGUUUGCUGCAGAAACUGGAUAGAACUUUAGGAAAAACCAAAAGCUCCUUUUCCCCUUAAAGACUUAGCUGGUGCUAAUGAACCAUCUGCAUGUUGCUGGAAUGGGAUGGUAGCCAUAUGACCUCUAGUGUACAAAUAAGGAACUGUGGAAUUGUUGGGUGAAAAUUGAACCCAAAUCUUGAUUGAGACAGGGAAACAUUGCUUAUUACCGUAGCUACUUAAUUAUUAUUGGGUAUUUAUCUCCAAUUAGAAAAUUUAAAAUAUUUUUGGAACACUUGCUGCAUCAAAAUAUGCAAUUGUUGUGGCAAAGGGAUAGCAUCAGGCCCACUGAGAAAACAAGGCCCCUGUUCUAUUUGUUGUUCUAUUUGUUCUAGAUAGGUUUGUUAUUGCAUGUAAACCUGCAUCUCUCAAAAGUAGCAAUAGUAGUAGAUUUACUUAGUGCCCAUAACUAAGCAUGUCAUGAAAUAUAUAACUUGCAGUAUCUUGUUUGCAAAUAAAACUCAAUUAAAAAUUAAAACCAAAUAAUUCCUCCACACAAUAUAAACAUAUCAACCUGGUUCAGCAAAAUAAAUGUCAGUAUUUCAAAUUGUCAAGAAGAUGACCAAGUGCUGUUAUUUCAGUGCUGUAGUGGAGGAUGUAUGUGUAUGCCAUCUGACAAAAAUCUGCAAAUUCAUUGUCAUUUUUUUUUUUUUGCUACCACCAAGUAGUUAGUGGACCAUAGAUAGUCUGUCGCCUUUUGCUCUUUUCAUGACUCCAAUCAAAUAACAGUCUUUUGCUUCCACAACAGUGGAAGUGGUCAGUGAUAUUUUAGUUUGAAUAUUCAUCUCCAAGUUUCAGAAGUUGUCAGCAGUUGGUUCAUUAAGUUUCUGCUUGUCAUUUCCCAUUAUAUUCCAUUUCCCCCCAAUUCUGCUGGAUUAAUUUCUGAAGUCAUUACUCCUUCAAUCCUUACUGAAAAUUGCUAACUGUUUUACUUUGUUUCAUUUUAGGAUCUUCUGGGUUUUCUUCAUCUUUCCUUUUUUUGAUUUCACUGUUUUCUUCUCCAACAUAUAAAAUAGUAAUACAGUAACAAGAGCAUCAUAUGACACAAUGUGUUUUAAAAAAUACUGCAAUAGAUUAUGCUGCUAUUUUUCUGGAACUUGAUAUGCAAGAAGAGAAAUCUGAGAAUGAGACAUAUAGAAGUCUAAGCUCAAGCUCAAAGCAUCCAAGUUCAAACUAUAUAUUGUAUCAAGGAGAUCAUUCUUGAUCCACAGCUCCACACAUCCUUUUGUUGACUUAGUGUUUAAAUGGUAAGGAUCACUUAGCUGCUGCAUUUUCUAUCACUUAUGCUCUUUUUCCUGUUGACAAUGACCUUAUGUUUGUCACAUCAAAAUGAGACCAGCUUGUAGACAAGAGAUCAUUGUAAUUUGUCUGAAUGAGAAAAAAAGCUGAGGAAGGGUCUGGAAACUAUUUAAAUAACCUGCUUGGCUUACUAUUCCAAAGGAGAUAUUAAUGAUUUAUCACCUAAAAUACAAAUACUGGUUGCUAAGCAACUGAUUAUACAACAUACCCAUGUCUAUAUCCAGAUGUGAUGGUUGUCUUACAAUCCUUUUUGUGGAUGUUACUCUUAUUGCCUUUUAGAUCAUAACCAUCUGCUAGUCUGGCUUUUAUCCUUUUUGGUGGCAUUCCCUUUGGAUAGGCAUAGUUAGAAGGUUCCUCUGCAUUGGCAAAAGAUGGGAAACACUAUAUAUUAACUAAUUCUGAGCUGUUGCAAUUGCUUAUGGAUAAGUCUCAGUCCUUUGUGAAUCUCAGAUUCAGGCAGUAACUCAGGGUUUGUUGGGCCACAUUUAAGGCUAUGACCUGACAUAUCUUGACUGUUUAUCCAACUUUCAGAAACCAGCUGGGGCAAAGCUGCAGUAUUGCCAUGCAGAAGGUGGCUGUUAAUGCUACCUCUGUUAACCAUUUAAAGUGUUGCAUAACUAUUGUUAUGCUGAUAUAAUAGUGAAAAUGACACCUCAACCAUUUCUGAAUGAAACUUGAAGAUGGUAUAAGUAAGAAAAUGGCCUGAACUGUCUUAUUUAAGAUAGAUAGAUAUAAUGUACAAAAAUGCAAUUAAAAAGCUGCUACAGUUUUUUAAAAACGAAAUAGUUGAGCAUUCAUGAAUAAAUCAUGCAAAAGCAGAUUCCAAUGACAAAUGGGAUUUCUCUUUAUUUUCACAUAUCCUGGUGAUCUGCUGAGGCCCCCACAACCAUAUAAAAUAGUGCGUGUGUGCACAGGAAUAAGAGAAGCAAAUGGCAAAAGUUUACGGUGUGAACUUGUGUGAGCUUAAAUUACUCCCAGUGUAUUUAUGGUAGUCAGGUUUGAGAAAGUGGUUUGCUACAUUUAAGCAGCAGCCACUGUAGACUAGUGUUAGAACUGAGAUAUACCACUGCAUCCAGAUGCUCAAUCCAAUUCAGUCCGCAUGGUAAUGGUGGAGAAAGAUGAUAGGAUUUGGGAAAACUGCCUGUCAGUUUUCAGCCAGAACUGACCUCUUUUCUUUACUUUCAAAAAAGACAUAUCAUGGAUGAGCCCUGGUGGUGCAAUGGUUAGUAUUGCAGGCAAACUCUGCCUGCAGUCUGGAAUUCUAUCCUGAUAGGCUCAAGAUUGUUUCAGCCUUCCAUCCUUCUGAGGUCAGUAAAAUGAAGACCCAGAUUGUUGGGGGCAAUAUGCUGACAUUGUAAACCGCCCAGAAAGUGCUGUAAAGCACUAUGAAGUGGUAUAUAAGUCUAAGUGCUAUUGCUAUAUCCUUUAAAAUAUUGAUAGUUUCUUAGAAGCAAACUGAACAUAUUUCCUCUCCACAAAUGCUGCAUAAAAAAGAACAAAUAGAUAAUCUGUGUGAUUGUUCCUUCAUCCAUUGCUCUGGUCUUCCUCCACAACUUCUUUCCAUAACAUAUAGGGCCUUUCUCCAUUGCUGGGUUAGUGCCCUAUACUGUCUCUAAGGCAGCAGAAAUAUAAUAGCUUAACAGGACUGAUCUCCAUCCUUCCUUGAUUGCCUCUGUUGAGUCAAAGUUAUUGGUUUUCUUUUGCUACCUCCUGCACAACUCAGCCUGCAGAAAGACAUCCCCUAAUAUAAAACAUCAGAGUUGGAAGGGACCUUGGAGAUCUAAUCAACCCCCUGUUCAAGCCGAAGAACUUAUACCAUUCUGGACAAAUGCCAGUCCAAUCUCUUCUUUCAAACCUCUAGUGGUAGACCAUCCACAACUUCUGGAGGCAAGUAAUUAUAGUACUGCAGCAGGAAACAUGGGCAGGGGAGAGGGGAGGCUGGCUAGAGGAUUCCAUUCAUCAUCUGUGGACUUCUUCCCUUCCUCCUUUCACUUUAUUUUCUUGUACCAUGAGUAGAAUAGAAAACAUUAAAAACCUAAGAAUCACAAGCAGCACUUUUCCUUAGGAAUUCUUUCCUUUUCAAACUUUCUUCCUUUAGGCAACACAUGCUUGCCUGCAGAUUCUUCCAUCCUCUAGUAGUUCCCUAGGCAGGGCAGGGAAGAAUUGGUUAUAUGUACAAUCUUAUUUCAGGCUGUUUCCCAAGAUGUUUCACUAUUAUCCUGGUUCAUCCUCUUUGAAUACCUGGGAUUUUUCUUUCUUAAAUUCUACUCACUGUUGUAUCCAAUUCUCUAGGAAUAGAAUAGCAGUAGACAAGGCUGGCUAGAGAGGCAGUAGUGAGGCAUGCCCUCGGCUGCCUGGAAUGGGCGUUAAGUGGCACUAAUCUUUGCUACUUAUUACCUGAAUUCACACAAGAGGUGCCACUAAGUAAGAUUUGACCCACCUUGCAUUGGUCCCUGGAUGCCAAAGAAGGGAGAUGCCACCACUGCUUCAUCUAAGGAUGAACCAAAAACAAGAAAAUUGACAGGGAAUCCGCAAUUGGGUGCGGAUAGGUGUUAGCCUAUAUUUAAACUACAUAAUCCACUAUGGGCUGAUGAUUGUCAGGUUUUUGGGGUAUUAAAAAGGAAUUGGAUGAAUCUAAAGAGUUUUAGGCUACCAGAAGCUUUAUUGAGCUGUUUAGUACAUCCAGACAGAAUACUUUUAGGAUUGACCUAAACAAAUAUAAUUCUCCAUACAUUUUUAUGAUUUUUCUUAACUUCCUUUCUUCUUGGUCAGAACUUUAUCCCUAGUUUUAUUUUUUUCAAGGAAGCUAUGUACACCCUUUAAAUUAAUAAGCCCAUUUGCUUACUAAAACUCAGUAUCCCAUCCUGGCAUAAAGAUCCGUUACCAACAAUGCUUGCCUGUGAGGCACAGGGUUGCCUGGAGUCCAGGUCCAAUGAGGAAAUUCACAACUUGUCAACAAGGGUGGGAAUCUGAAUCACAACUGCCUGGAAGGAGUUGGAGCUGUCUACUUCUAGUAGUAUAUCCAAUGUUGCUGGUAUUAAAAGCACCUUACACUCUGGGAAAGCUUUACAAUUUCAUUUGGUCAAGAAAAUGAUAAGGGAUGAAUUUUAUUUUUAUACCAGGUAAUUAAGAUUCUGUGCAUUUCUAUUUAAGCAAUUUUUUAAAGUAUUGUAUGUAUAUUGUUCCUUCAUAAUUUUAUUGGUUAUUUCAAUAUACUUUUGAAUAAAGGUUUAAUAGCAUUUAUGAGAAAAUCUUUAUCUGACUAUAGAUAAAAGCACUUUAUUUCAAAUUGCAUGUGUUUGUGAACAACAUUAUUUGGUUGUUAUGUUGCUUGGUCAGUUGAUUUUGAAAGAGAGAAUACAUCGCCAAAUGCUGCAUCUUUAGGGAACUGAAUCUUAUUAACAUGGUUAUUAAGAAUCCAGAAUGUGUUACUGUUUGCUCUCCUGUCUGCAUUUUAAUUUUAAUGAGUGAAUCUCAAAGGGACACCCCAGUGUUUCCUUUCAAAAAUUAAAGCAUCUGUUUUAGCUUAGAUCAGUCAUUUUUUCCUGAACUUUUCUUAAUAAUUUUUUUCUCUGAUGGAGAAAUGAGUGUUUUAGAUAUAGUCUGUCAAUGGCAGGAUGAGAAAUCAGUAGUCCUCAAGAUCCUUCUGAAUUACAAUCAUCCACAAUCUCUGUUUACUGGAUUAAAACCUCCAUCUGAGUUGAUGGGAGUCAUAAUCCAAAAACCAUAGUAUGGCAUCUUAUUCUAAUUCUCUACUUCAGUUCAGUAGAAUGAAAAUUAUGGGACAGUCUGUUCCCAGAUUUUCUCUUGUAAUUAUAUCUAUUGUUUGUAAUACUUAAUAUCUUAAGGAAUGGAGAUAUUCAGGACGCUGAAUGGGACUUUGAUCUCAGAGGAUGUUUGUAUGAAAUGCCAAAAGGGAAGCAAGAUUUCAGGUUCUUCUGUUAGAAAUAAACUCUGUGGUUACACUCUG